AUGACUAUAUGGAGAAGGCUAUUGACUACGUAUAGUUCACAAGGAUAUCCAAAGAUAGAUGUCAAACAACUGGUACUAAGUUGUAAGGUAGGGACGAUUUAUCCGCCAACUCAAAUAAAGCAUAGCAAUGCUAAUACUACGAAGGUGAAAUCAGUGGCAAAGAAGCAAAAAAACAAGGAUCCACCGUCCAUAAAGCUACAUGAGCAGUAUAACCCACAAUAUAGCAAGAUACCCAUUGCUGAAAUAUUGAAAAUCAAUAACUUUUUUACUUCAUCUUUGGUCAAAUACGAAUGGAGCGCUGCCGAUUUUUUAGAUAUACCAGGUGAAAAGCUUCGCAAAGAAGUUAAAGAGCUAAAGAUGUUGGUGGAUGAUAUUUCAGAUUAUGUUUCUCCGUCAGGUUAUCCAAAGAACACGAAAGGUAUUCCAUACGAUCUACUGAACGGGUUGCCUGAGGUGGCAUUUUUGGGUCGAUGCAACGCUGGCAAAUCUACUCUUCUUAAUAAUCUCACGACAGAUUUCCAAAGAGUGAAGUUAAAUACUUAUGCAAAAUCAUCGAAACGUGCAGGAUUUACUAAGACUGUCAACUGUUUUAACAUUGGCAACAAAUUACGAUUGAUAGACACCCCGGGCUAUGGUAAAAAAGGUGAUGUAAACCAGGGACUUGUAACCAUGGAAUAUCUUAAGGAAAGAAAGGAACUCAAGCGUACAUAUCUGCUAAUUUCAGCCGAACAAGGUUUUAGUCCGUACGAUGCGCAGAUGGUAGACUUCCUGACGAAGUACGGGAUUCCAUUUGAAGUCAUAUUCACGAAAAUGGACAAAGUCAAGGAUGCUGAUUUUGUGCGCAACGUAAUUGAGAACAGUGGAGUAUUAAAUCUCCCGUUACUGCCUCAAUUGGUUUUCCUUAAUUCAAUAACUAAUUCUUUGAAUCCUAAACGACAUGGCAUAGGAUAUCUACGAUACCUCAUAUUCCAAGCAUGUAAUUUAACACCAGGGAUAAAGCCGUCUAAGUCCUUUAGAUUGAAAGCUCAUUCGUAG